AAGGUCCCCUCCCGCGAGUCUCUCUCCUCUUUAGCCAUCCUUGUUGCUUCAUAUAUAGCAUUGCAAGGAAAGCAAGAGUUUUCAGGAAUCGUGUGAGGGAAUGGCUACUGCGUUGGUUGCUGAUAAGGAACAGUUUAGUCUCGGUUUCGAGGCCACUGAGCUGCGUCUUGGUCUCCCCGGAGACGGUGAGACGGCCAAGAGCAAUGGGAAAAGAGGGUUUUCUGAGACUAUUGAUCUGAAGCUUAAGCUUCAGACUGUGGACUCUGAUGAAACUAGUGAAGAACCUGAGAGGAUGAAGAAGUCAGUUGCUGAGAAGAGCAUCAAGGAGCCUGAGAAACCUCCUGCUAAGGCACAAGUUGUGGGCUGGCCACCAGUUCGAUCUUACCGAAAGAACAUCAUGGCUGUGCAGUCAGAGAAGGCUACCAAGGAGGACGGAGAGAAGUCCGGCAACGGUACUGCUGGUGCUGCCUUUGUGAAGGUGAGCAUGGAUGGUGCUCCUUACCUGCGUAAAGUGGACCUCAAGAUGUACAACAGCUACAAAGAACUCUCCACUGCACUAGAGAAAAUGUUCAGCUCCUUCACCAUUGGGAAUUGUGGUUCUCAAGGAAUGAAUGGAAGGGACUUCAUGAAUGAGAGCAAGCUGAUGGAUCUCUUGAAUGGUUCAGAGUACGUACCCACUUAUGAAGACAAAGAUGGAGACUGGAUGCUUGUUGGUGAUGUCCCAUGGGAGAUGUUUGUUGAUUCAUGCAAACGUCUGAGGAUAAUGAAAGGAUCUGAAGCUAUUGGACUCGCACCAAGAGCCAUGGAAAAAUGCAAGAACAGACGUUGAAGAAGCAUGCUCGGUCGCAUGUUCGGAAAGGAAUUAUUUCAUCGAUAGAAAACUCCGGCGACGAGCAUGCGAUCCGGAUCACUGUCGAGCAUGGCAUGUGAUGUGUGUCUGCGUUGUGAUCUACAUAUAUUUGAUGCGUCAGUUUUUAAGGGAUAUGUGAUUCUAUAUUUUGCUUAAUUUGUAUAUGGACAAUAAGCAAAGAUACUUGUUGGGCGAUGCUUGCUAUUGCUAUGUCUAGAUUGUUUAUUAAUGGUGUGUUUAAUAAUCAGUUUGAUGGUGUGCUUAUUAUUAAUUAAUCCUUGUAGUAAAUUGGCAUUUCAUGA